AUGUCGACAUCCGUUUCUCAAAACGAGAACUCAAUGAGGCUUUAUUCUUGGAGAGCGAUAGUGAAUGACAAAGGAGAACUUAACGUGCCUGUGGACGAUGCCAAAAACCCUGGAUUUUGGUCAAGGAUUUGCGUACAAAAUAUGGCAAAGUUAGCUAAGGAGGGUACAACAGUUCGACGUGUUCUAGAGUCCUUGUUCCGCUAUUUUGAUAGUGCCAAUCUGUGGUCUCCAGAACAUGGGCUUGCUCUUUCUGUUCUGCUUAACAUGCAGUCUAUAAUUGAAAAUUCUGGACAGAAUACACAUUUGUUACUAUCCAUUUUAGUCAAGCACCUCGAUCACAAGAAUGUCUUAAAAAAUCCUAAUAUGCAACUUGACAUAGUUGGGGUUAUUACGCAUCUCGCUAAAGAAACAAGGGUUCAACAAUCUGUGGCUAUAAUUGGUGCAUUGAGUGAUAUGAUGAGACACCUGCGAAAGAGCAUACAUUGCUCUCUAGAUGAUUCAAACUUGGGGUCCGAAAUAAUACAAUGGAACCAAAAAUACCGAACCGAAGUAGAUGAAUGCCUUGUACAAUUAACAAUUAAGAUUGCAGAUGCAGGUCCUGUUCUUGAUACCAUGGCCGUGUUGUUGGAAAACAUGUCUAAUAUUACUGUUAUGGCCAGAACCUUGAUUGCUGCAGUCUAUAGAACUGCUCAAAUAGUUGCUUCAAUACCAAAUAUAUCAUAUCAGAACAAGUCAUUCCCUGAGGCAUUAUUUCAUCAGUUACUUCUGGCAAUGGUCCAUGCAGACCAUGAAACCAGGGUGGGUGCACACCGUGUAUUUUCUGUUGUUCUCGUGCCAUCUUCAGUUUGUCCUCAACCCUCUCAAGAGUUCGCUUCCGUAAAGUCUGCUGACAUUCAAAGAAUGCUCUCAAGAAAUGUCUCUGUGUUUUCUUCUUCAGCUGCACUCUUUGAGAAAUUGGAGAGGAAGCAAAGUUCAUUGCCAGAAGAUAGUAAUGCAGAUGCAAAGGUUAAUGAUAACUCCAUUUUAAAUAGUAAUGCAGAUGCAGAAACGUAA